UGUCACGCUGACAGAUCGAGAGGAGAGGAGAGCCGGUAAUUGGCAUUCCUUGGAGGGGACAUGUACACUGAUCAUCAGGGCUGAUGAUGAGUCCCCAGCAGUGCCACCUGUCAGUGUUCAUCAGUGCCAACUGUCAGUGCUCAUCCAUGCCACCUGCCAGUGCCACAUUUCAGUGCCUACCAGUGCACAUCAAUGCCACAUAUCAGUGCCCAUCUGAGCUGCCUUUCAGUGCCACCUAUCAGUGCCAGUUAGUGCCAGUCAGUGAUGCUUAUCAGUGUGCAUCCGUGCUACCUAACAUUGCCCAUCAGUGCCGCCUAUCAGUGCCAAAUAUGAGUGCUGCCUUUCAGUGCCCAUCAGUGAUG